AUGCAGCUGCCCCCUGCGCUCCGCGCCCGCCUCGCCGCGGGGCCCGGGACGGCCGAGCCACUGCCUGUAGCGCGGGACCCCACGGCCAAUGCCGCGCCUUUUCGCUUCGCUGCGCGCCCGGUGCGCUUCCCGCGGGAGCACGAGUUCUUCGAGGAUGGGGACGUGCAGCGCCACCUUUACCUCCAGGACGUGCUCUUGCAGGUGGCCGAUGUGCCUGAGAAGCCCAGGGUGCCCGCGUUCACCUGCCAGGUGGCCGGCUGCUGCCAAGUGUUUGAUGCCCUAGACGACUACGAGCACCACUACCACACGCUGCACAGAAACGUUUGCUCCUUUUGCAAACGGGCCUUCCCUUCCGGACACCUGCUGGAUGCCCACAUCCUGGAGUGGCACGAUUCGCUCUUCCAGAUCCUGUCCGAGAGGCAGGACAUGUACCAGUGCCUGGUAGAAGGCUGCACAGAGAAGUUCAAGACCAGCAGAGACCGGAAGGAUCACAUGGUGAGGACGCACCUGUACCCCGUGGACUUCCGUUUUGAUAAGCCAAAGAAAAGCAGAAGCCCAGCCUCACCAGGGGCCGGCACCAAAGCCUCUGCAGAAGUCCAGGGGAACAGCGGAGAGCGGUCAGAAGGGGACGCCAUGGAAAUCUGCACUGAGCCUGUGGUGGCCUCCCCUGCACCGGUGGGUGAGAGGCGGACCUGCAGUCACAGGAUACCCGCUACCAUCUGCUUUGGUCAGGGUGCCGCUCGAGGGUUUAAAAGCAGCAAGAAGAAAACCAAACAGCACUGAUGGGCUCAGGAGUGGCCACUGGAGUGACACCAGCCCGGGCCUUUCUCUGAGGUGCUGUGGCCCAGGCCCUCGCCAUCCUCCCUGUCUCUGUCCCUCAGCAAAUGGCAUCAGCACCUGUCAUCAGGAACCGUGGGGGACCCACGGAUUUUGGAAACAACCCAGCACGCUAUCGGGAAUGAGAUGCGGACGUCCUGCCUCCCCUGCAGGCCCACCCUGAGAAUGUAUUUUUAAACACAUGAAAUAGUAUUUUA